GUGUGUCGCGCGUUGUGCGUUGCGUCGUCCGUCCCCGCCGAGCGCAGCAGAGAACGUGGACGUGCGAGAAGACCGAGAGAAGUAAACGUGACGUGAUGUACUGGGAGCGCGGAAACCGAUUUCCUGUCUCGCUCAGGAAAGUGCCACCUCCUUCUCCUCGGUGCCGUUGUUGUAUCUCAUCUCUCGAACUUCUCUCCGUCACCCAACCGCCGUCCGUCCGUUCGUCCGUCCUUCUCCAAUCCUCCUUCCGUCUGCUCGCAUGUGGGUGGAUGGAUUUUAAAUCUUCCUUUCAGAUGGCACUAGUUUUUUUUUGCGUCUUAUCUAUUACAGAUAAGAAACAAAAGUCGUAUUGUAAAAAGAUGGCUCGAAGAGAACGUCUUUUGAACAAUACGAUAUAUAUUUAUUUUAUUUCGUGUUAUGUGUAAUUAAGUUUUAAUUUCUUUGCAAUACAAUUGUAUAGAAUAAUUUUACAUAGAAAUCUGUAGUACUGAUAAUCGGUUUGUGCAAUUUUGAUACGCGAUAUCGCAAAAUUCUUUCCUUUCUCUUGCACUAUUCGCCGCCAGAUGACGUAUGUCGCGUUGUUGACUGUUUCAGCUGAUUCGAGGUCGAUUAAAAAACGUGCAAUCAAUCGCAAUCACAAUUGCAAUUCUCGAACUGUGUAUCGAGUCUCAAGUAGAACGAUUGGCAAACAAUUGUUCAUAAAAUUCAACAAUCGGUAGAUAUUAGUUUGAUCUAAUAAAUAUUCAAGUUAGUGUCAAACCAAUGACAUCGAGGUUGUGCGCACGUGGAGCCUUCGCUCCUGUGCGAAAGUUCGUUUGGUCCAAGAUUUUUCAACAAAAUUACGCGACGUAUAUUCAGGGCCAGUCUCCUCAGCCCCGUGUGCGAGAAUACUUUUACUACAUCGAUCAUCAAGGCAUGUUGUUUCUGGAUGACGUUCGCAUAAGAAAUUUCACUUCGUGUUUCAAAGAUAAAAAAUUCUUGGCAUUCUUCUUCAAGCAUCUGAGAAAGAACAACACCGGUCGUUAUACGGACGAGUUUCCGUUUCUGUCGAUUUGCGGCGUGGAGAGAAAUUACGUUAGAUGCGACGAUCUGCCGUUGGUCUUCACAAAAGUUGUUCGCAAACAUAAUUCGGAAACCAAUGAGACGGAGGAUUGGUUCAGUUACGCACACGCGGACGACUUGUUGAUGGUGCCGUUUCAACCGCAGAAGUUGUUCAUGAACGUGAACACCGGGAGAGUGUAUCAUCCCGCGCCAGAAAAAGCAGGAGGUAUCGGUCUGGUAAGAUCGAACUUAGCUAUCGAAUUCAGUUCUUCUUUUCACUUCGAAAAUGGCGAGGAGAACGCGCCAACGCACUUCACUUGGAAAAGUGAGCGAUAUAAACUUGACGCGGAAUGGUACAAAAAUAAAUUGCAAGGAAAAGUUUAGGUAAACUUCAAAUUUUUAUUUAUACAUGAUUUACACAUUAUCUUAUAAACAGAAGACGUACGUGAUAUUAGUGAACAUUACCUGAUACAUCAAAGAUCCUCGCGGUACUAUCGUCCGAAACCGUCAACGCCCUCUUUGUUUUUCUGAAAAAAAAAAAAAA